GAGAGAGAGAGAGAGAGAGAGAGAGAGAGAGAGAGAGAGAGAUGGGAAGGGAGGGAAUCCAUAUACAUUUUGUUCUCUCGAUAUAAUAGUCUAAGACUCUUCCCCUGGAUCCGGGACUGUUAAUUCAACUACCUUAAAAACGAAAGCUGUUUAAUGUUUUACAAUCUCGUGCCACAGCAGCAAAUGAUGAUAACAGACAAGUUAAAAACAGAAAGAAAGAAAAGAAGGAAAGAAACAAACAAACAAAAACAUCCGAAACUAUGGCCUAAAUACUGUUAUUUAAAAUGGGAUCCCAAGCUGAUUAAGAUCAGUCUUCAUGCACGUGUCUUCUAUGCUUAUUAUCCGCCUUUUCUGUGAACCCGUACGUCCUUUUCUCGACCCAUCGGUGUCCUUAGUGAAACGGCAGUCAAUCAUAUUUGCCAAUGACAAUAUAUGCUUAAGAACAAAUUCGACACUUUGAUCCAAUGUUAUUAAAAUAGGCUAUUUUAAUAGCCAUCCAAUACAACCUACCAAGUCUGUCCUGCUCGUCCACACAACAGAUCCGAGGCUAAAGCACGUGCCUUCAGUGCAUGUUGAAUAAUCCACCAUUGAUCUCCAGACUUCUAUAUCAAAAAGAAAAUCAAUGCAGGGGCAAUGUCGGUCAAAAUCCCCAAAUAUCAAUAUAUCGAUGCCGUGAACAUAACGGCAUGCACGACAAUAGUCUGUCUGCAGACAUGCCCACUGUUUGCAUACCGCGAUCAGGCAAUUAAAAAAAGGCGAGGAUAUUCCGCGAGGAAACCAGUAUUCUCCAUCACAGAGCCAGUCAGAUAUUGGCUCUAUCACUAUUGGCUCGCAGACGAGUCUGAACACUAGCAGACGAUAACUAACGCCAGCUGUGUCUUCUGCUUUUUUCCCCCGAAGCAUCGAGUAACCCGGAUGUUAGUUCCUGCCAUUCGUAUGUGCUGAUCAAAGAUGGAUGCAAGGGCUUGCUUCGGUUUUCUUCUUCCUCUAGUCCUGUGGAUAUCUCUUCUCGUCGAAAAAGGACUGGCUAUCCGCUGCUUCAUGUGUAACUCGAAUCUGCACGGAUCAGACUGUUCUGACCUGAUGUCUCUCGACGAGGAACGGCGCAAUAUGUACAACCAGGAAUGCGACUUCUUGGAAGGAAACAGAUCCUAUACGCGGUGUAGAAAAAUGGUUCAAGAAUAUGAGGAAGAAACCAGAAUUAUUCGGCAGUGCGCUACCCAGGGCGAUGAUGGAUGCAUUCAACGAACAGGGACAUAUAAAGUGAAAUUUCUCUACUGCCAGUGUAGCGAACCAUUGUGUAAUUCAUCGGGAAGAAGUCAACCAUUUCUAAUAGUGGCCGUUUUCAGUGUUUUAUUGUGCGUCUUCAUUCCAUCGUUAAAAGAUUACCUGUUCGGCUUCUGAGAUGGAUUUACCUACAUACGUACCAAAUAUGCAAAUAUAUAGGACGGGUCUUAUUAUAGAAUUAUUUAAGGGUUAUUUCUCAAAGAAUAAAGCAUUGUUAAGGACUGUUCGACUAAAGGAUAAAGCAUUGUUAAGGACUGUUCCACUAAUGGAUAAAACAUUGUGUUAAGUGCUAUUUCACAAAUGGCCUCGGCAUUAAGGGCUAUUCCACAAAUAAUCACUGAGUUAAGGGCUAUUCUACAAAAUAUAACACACUGUUAAGGGUUAUCCACAAAAUAUAGCACACUGUUAAGAGUUUAGGGCCGUAGCUAGCGCCCCCCCCCCCCCCCCCC